UGUGGCCUGCCUCAACUAAGACUAUGCUCAAUUGGUCUUGUCCUGCCUUGAUGAUGAUGCAUGCUUUUUUUAGUUAGCAUUUGCAUGUGACUUGGUAGAAGCGCACUGUUUUAAUGUUCAUGUGUUAAGACAUUUAUGGUUCAUCCCCAACAUUCAUUUUCAUAUUUCAAUUUCAUGUUUGACAUUCACGUUUUAGCUUUUAAUGCUAUUAAUUGUGGUGGGAGGAACAAGGCAGAACACUGACAGGAAGUUUUGAAGUUGUUCCUGGACGUGUGUGUGUGUGUGUGUGUGUGUGUGUGUGUGGAGGGGGCAGAGGGUCCAGUUCCAAUUCCAUUUUUAACUUGCUUCCAUCACUGCACUUCACAGUAGACAAGAGAAGAUUCUUCUUUUUGAAGCUCGCAAUCACAAAUAAUUCCACAAUGUUUGUAAACUUCUCACUACCAAUAACUGCAGCAGUGACAUUGGCACAUCUGGUUAUAGCACAAGGCGCAGAUAUAGAACCUGCACGGAUUUUUGGCUCUACUUCACGUGUUAUAAUAGGCCAAGAUUUUGAUUUGAGGUGCAGCACGUAUGGAUUAACAAAAGCAAACGAGCAAGUGUUUGUUUACCUCUGCAAGAAUGGUGUCGGCCUACAAAGGGCCACAACCACAAGUCACGACAUCCCUUUUACAAUCAAAAGUGCCACACUAAACCAUACAGGAAACUACAGCUGUGUGUUCUCAAGGAAUAAGCAUACUCCUGCUGAGGUCAAUGUAGAGGGAGACAUGCCAGUCUUUAUCAAAGUGAUUGCGUUACUGGUUGCACGGAUGACCAUGUUGAAUGCCGGUGCUGUUACACACCCAGCGCUUAUAUCUGCAUCAACAACUUCGGUGAAAGAAGGAGACAGUGUGACACUGAAAUGCUCUAUAUCUGAUGCUAAGAUAUCAGAGUAUCAUCAGAACAUGUACCUGUGUAAGGAUGGGGUUGGCAUACGUAUGCAAAUUCUGAUGCAGGAAAAUAUCACAUCUUUCGCUCUGGAUAACUUCACAAGCAUGGACUCUGGAAAAUACAGUUGUGUGCACUCCACUAAAAAAGUACCAUCCAAAGACGUGCACUCAACAGGAAAGAACUCGGUUUUCAUAAAACUUCAUGACUCAGGAUUCCAUGCUGUCCAUCCUGCAACCAUUUCUGGGGAAAACACUGUGUUAACCGAAGGAGGGAUUCUGCAGCUCCAGUGCCAGAUAACUAAACGUGAAUAUCGUGAUCAUCUUGUUUUCCACCUAAGCAAAAAUGGCGUUGGCAUCCCUGUGACACCAGAGAGGAACGACAACAACUCUCAUGCUGUCUUCAUGAUCAGAAACAUCACAACUAAAGACUCUGGCAACUACAGCUGUGUGUUUGUUGACGAAUACAUGACCCUGGAAGUGAGAGGAGAGGGAAUGAACUUCAUUCACAUUAAGGUGUUAUCAGCUGAGGAUUUGAAUGCGGACUGUGGUCAAGAGCUAUGCCAUCCAGCACAUAUUUCUCCUACAGUACAGACUACAGUAUUCAAAGGAGACUCUCUACAAAUCACCUGUUCCAUUGAGAAUCCUAAACAUAAGUCUGGUCAAUUCCACAUGUACCUUUGCAAGGAUGGACGAGGGAUCCGGAUGUUUCCAAUAAUAGGUGGAGGGUUUUUCACUGUGGAAAUCAAUGUGUCAGGUGACUACAGUUGUGUAUAUUCAGCAGCUAAAAUGGCUACUCCACAAUGUCGUUCAAACCCAGCAGCAAACUCUUUCCUCCUCACAGUCUAUGACCCAGAUGUUUCUCGGGAGUCCAGUGGAUCAGGAUCCUCAGCAGGCCUUGCAGCCAUGACAGUGAUCUUUCUGCUGGUCCUAGCAGCACUCUUAGGAUAUCAGAAAAGGGAUUGCCUGAAACGCUUGAUAUGGUCAGACAGAGGACGACAGAGACAAGGUGGGACUCAGGGUCAUAUGCCAGCAGGAGGAACUGAACAACAACAUCAAAGCAUGGCAACAUAUGAGGAAAUUACAGGAUACGCCUCAAUAUCAGACCUUCAAGGUCAAAACACAGCUGCUGCCGUCAGUAGUACCAUUGACACUGUGUACAUCAUGGUACAAAAUCAAGACCAGGUGGCAGAAGACCCAACAUAUUGCAAAGUAAACAAGAAAGGAAAAACUAAAAAACCCAAAGGAGUAACAGAUGUAUACGCCUUGGUCGGUCAUCCGUGACAAUAUCCCGUUAUUCUUUCUCUCUCAGAAUGCUCAACGCAAACAGAAACUAUCUAACUCUGUAAUGCAAAUGUGAUACUGGUGAAGAGGUUUUAUGGUGGUCAUUGUAGAAGUGUAUAUUGUGUUUGAUGUCUUUAUCCUAAAUGUCCCUCUAUGUACUAUGGCUAUAUUGUAUCAUAUACAUUUAAAGGAAGAAGGAGAGAGAACAUGUGACAGCUAUUUGAAUACUCCUGUACUCCUGUAUAUCAAAUGUAUGACAAAUAAAAGUUAAACAUUUAAAACUUUGAACACAUCA